UGUCAGAGGAAGAAGCCGAAGGUUCCAUACAGGUGGAAGAUACAUCCGAAAAAGAAAAUAUCGAACCUCCAUUAAAGAAAGCAAAAUUAAGGGACGACAGAAAAAGCGAUCGGCUAGUUAAAUUGGAGGCUCGUUUAAACGACAUCCUCAGCUGUACCGUUUGCCUUGAUUUGCCCACCAAAUCAGUUUUCCAGUGCCGAAAUGGUCACCUGAUGUGUGCCUCAUGCUUUACACAUCUCUUGGCUGAUAGCCGAUUGAAAAACGAGCAGUCAACAUGUCCAAAUUGUCGAACGGAAAUCAAUCGCAAUAUCUGUUCUCGUAACUUAGCAGUUGAGAAAGCUAUCUCAGAACUUCCUGCAGAAUGCCCAUACUGUAAUCAUGAACUGCCGCGGAGCUAUUUGAAAAACCACGAGGAGAAGGAAUGUUUAAACAGGCCUGUGUGUUGCAAGUUUAAAAGGAUAGGUUGCCUGUGGGAGGGUCCAUUUCACAAGCUCAGGGAUCAUGAGGAUAAGUGUGAUCACCCCAGCAUGACUGGACUGCAGCUGAUGGAGUCAUUAGAGGUCAUAGAUAGGAAUCAUAAAGAUGAGCAGGAUCUCUUCCAAAACAUCCUCAACUUGCUGUCCUUUGAAAAGAUUGCUAUAAAUGACUUGCAGCUCAAGCCAUACCGUUCAGAUGACUUUAUCCCACAGCUCUGUUAUGAAAGCAGUAGAUUCAAUGCUUUGGGUCAACAGUGGGUGGUGAAGGCAAGUGUGGUUGGAAAUGAGAAAAGCAUACAGCGGGUCUUGACCUAUCAACUUGUACAGAAAGGCAAAGUCAACGUCAAUGUCAAAUUCUUAAUGUUACGAAGCCCAUUCAGUGACUUGCUUAUCAAACCUGAAGUUCAUCAACACGAAUUCACAAGUGAUUUGCAAGAAAGCAGUCAUCAUGAUCUUGUACUUUUGGAUCCAACAGAGUGCAACAGAAUGCUGGAUGCAAAUACAAUCAAGUUGAGAAUGAUUAUCUUUCAAAUCCCGAGCUCAGAAAAUUAGAAAUAAUUUUGCUAAGAAAAAGAUACAGUGUACAUAGAUUUAUUUAGCAUCUGUUACUUACUUUUUCAAUGCACUGUAACCAGUGUUCAAGAGUGAUGCUUAAUAUGUUAAUUUGCUAUUUAUCUUUUGAGUACAAUUUGCAUUUCCGUAGACUUAUUUGCACCAUUUUAAUUCUGUUGACCAGUAUAUUAUUUCCCAACAGAUAUGAGAGGUUUUGAAAAAUCAUAUCAAUUAUUAAAAAGAUGGUCUUUUUACUGUAAUUAAUUGUACCUCAAAGCAAUAUUUGUUCACUGUUUAAGCAGCCGGUUUGCUUAGGUUAAAUGUCAGUACUGUUGACCAGUUGUCUAUCUCUCAUUGGCAACAAAGAUUAGUUGGAACAAAUAGUAUCCUUUUGCUGCAAAUUUGUUCUCUACUGUUAUCUUUCUACAAACUACUACGAUGAUCUGGCAAAUUAAUUUAUGACUUUGGAUGUAAAAUUAAUAUACUUUACAGACGAAAGACUUCUUUUCUGCUGGAAAAUAUAUUUCCAGAUUUCAUCUUAACUGUCUCUCUGGUUGAGUUUGGUGAACCAGUGUCCACAAUGUUGUUAAAUGGUACAAUUUAAGAUUCUAGACUGAAUGACAGAGACCACAAUUGUGGUAAACAAUUGUAACCAUAACUUGAAAAACUACUGAACUGUGAUCGACAAAAAUUUUAACAAAGAUUAACAUAAGUUACUAAAUAAUAAAGAGUGAGUUUUGGCAAAAAAUAAAAUGUAUUUACAUGCAAGCAAUGAAAGGUUAUAUUGCUUGUUGAUUUGUUAAUUUGAGGGUUUACCCACUGCAUCAUUCUACAUUUUUGACUCCACAUUAAGUUAGUGUCUACUUUUGGCCGGCUUAAAAUUCCCAUCACGUUCCUUUGAAUUUACCAGAAAAUAAAUGUUUAUCUGCAAGCAAAAUUUUCCCUUGUUUUUGGACAAUUUUCAUUGCCCUGCAAAGUGCAGUGUGUGUAUGAUACUAUGGCAAAAGUGUUAAGGUAUGUUUAUGAAUUUUUGAAGGGCUAACACUCGGAAAGUAAGCUUUGAAACUCUUUACCGUGGCAGAUUUACGCCAUGAACCAACUUGAUAAAACCAAAAUUACCUUCA